AAUGCCAACAAAGUCUCAGCAACUGUGAAACUAUUAUAAAAAUAAACUUGUUAUAUAUUUUAGUUUUGUCUUGUUGCCUUGUAUUACGAUUUGUUAUUGUUGAUGUUUUAUUUGUUGUUAAUUGGUUACCACUGCAGUUUACUGUAAUAGAAUGGGUUUCAUCAAUAUUAUGCUAUGUCUGGUGCUGGUCUGUAACUCGUUUUGUCAAAGUCCGUGGGACGGAAUGAAUAUACAUUGUAAUAUGGAAAAAGUAAGUGUCAUUGUGGAAGAGGAUGGAUGUAAAAAUAUGAAUCCCGUUGAUCUGCAUUACUGCCGAGGUAACUGUCCGUCCGCAACUACCUAUUACCACAAGUACCCUUACUAUAAAUCAAUUUGCCAGUGUUGUAAAGCAACUGCUGAAACUGUUAAAAUAAUAUCAUUAGACUGUCCACCAAAUGAAGCAAAUGGAGAAAAAGUAACAAAGUUUGCUUAUAGAAACACAGUGGCAGAAUGUAAAUGCCAUUCUUGUGAUGCUACACGAAAAAAGUAGCUUCUAAGAAGCUUGAUCAAAAAAUUGUGUAUUUUGAUGUUACGACACAAGUAAAAAAGGCAGAAAAACUCAUUGAAUAAUAACAAUUUAAAAAUCGAGAAAGCGUUUUUAUGUUAAGAAUUUUGUUUUAAACACUUUAUGGAAAUAGUUUGGUGAUAAAAACAAAUAAAUUUAGGUAAAUUUAACAAAUUUUAUUCCGUCAUCGGUUGUGCGUAUGGCGUGAUACAUUGCUAGGUGCGUUAACCUCAAAAAAGAUUACGUAAUAUAUUUUUGUUAUUGUUGUUAUGAGCUUUUUGUUAUUGCUGUUAUGAGUAAUAAGAAUUUAUUAAUAAUAA